GCAGACCGCAAAAAUUACGGUCUAUAAUAAAGUGCCGAAAAAAACAUCCUUGCUGGUGUUGUCACUUUAGCUUUUAUUUUUGUAGCGUGCCUUUUUUGGAAUAAAUCUUUCGAAAGGAGCCAACAAAGCAAGCUACUAGCUUCGAACCGGAAAACAAAAUCAAAACCAGCAGAUGGACUCCAAUAAAUCGAGCUUCAUUGGUCACUUAAUAUCGGAGAUAUUCGAAAAUACCUUCACCCGUAAGCCCUCUAACCUACCCUGGUAUAUUCCAAAGUACUUCCACGAAGCCUCCCAGCAGCAGCAGCAGCAGCAAAUCACCAGUCCCGCUGCACACUUCGUCGAACCGAUCCACUUUCCGACUCCUUCCAACGACUAUCCAAAGCCAGCACCGGAACAACCACUCCGGGAUACCCUGCUGAGUUGUGUCAUCGCUGUGGGCAGCUGUCUCGACGUGGAAAUUGUACUGAUUGCUUCACGCAAUGGAGGCACUGUACAGCGUUUACGGGAGCUCACAAAUCGCUUUCACUUGAUUGCCAUUCAAUGGCCAACAGUGAAGUCACUUUCGAGGCUGCAGCAGCGUUGUAGAGAACUGGGCAAUGUGAAUGUGGUGGCCGCUUCGGAGUGCUGCGAUGAGCUUGACGGGACCGAGAAACGGCCAACGUUCGAAGCGACACUCGAAUGGCUUGCUAAUAGUGGCUUACAGUGGCUUCGCGAACGCCAGCUUUUUCAUGCCGGCGAUCAGAUUUUGUUCUGCUAUCGGUCCUUUCCGGAGGCGACCUGCGUGAAUGCGUUCGAAAUUCUCCGUUCGGAAAAUUUAACCAACUGGUUGUCAAUACCAGGGCAGUGAAAAUAAUCGAGUUUCGAUUCAAGUCUCGAGCCCAACUGACAAUGACAGUGGUUAUCACCAAUCAACUGCGCAGCAGAAACAGAAUAUUAUGAAAUAAAUUCUACCGC